GACGCGCUCUUUGGAUACGCCAUGCGACUUUAUGAACAAGUUAUAUUUUGCUGAUCACAGACUUCUUAUAGGUUUUACACCCACCGAUCACUGACUAUGGGUGGCAAGAAUAAACAGAGAACAAAGGGAAACGUUCGGCCGUCUAGUAGUGGCCGAGCUGCCGAAUUACUAGCCAGGGAAGGAGGGGUGGUCCCGGGCUUUGUCGGUUUUGGUCUGUCCACUUCUAAUGACCCAGGAUACGUGCCAGCUGUCCACGGGGCAGAGGACAUAGACAGCCUGGUGGAUCCAGACUUUCGUCUGGUGCUACGGAAACUGUCCAAGAGAGAUGUUGUUACCAAGUUAAAGGCUGUUCAGGAGUUUGGCGCAAUGUGUCAAGAGAGAGAUGCAGAAGUUGUGAAGGGUGUACUGCCAUACUGGCCACGGAUAUACUGCAAGAUCUCAGUGGACCAUGACCGGCGUGUGCGCGAGGCGACGCAGCAGGCGUUUGAGCAGCUGGUGCUGAAGGUGCGGCGUAACCUGGCCCCGUACCUCAAGAGCAUCAUGGGUCACUGGCUCAUCUCCCAGUGCGACACCUACAGCCCCGCCUCCUCCGCCGCCGGCGCCGCCUUCCAGGCUGCCUUCCCCCUCAACAAGCAGCCAGAGGCACUCGGCUUCUGCAAGGACGAGGUCCUCACGGUCCUUCAGGAAAACCUGAUGAAAGAAACUGCAGACACCUUAAGUGACCCUCAGAAUGUCCCGGAGGAGGAGCGUGAGGCUAAGUUUGUGCGUCUGCUGACCAGCUCGCUGCUGGCCCUGAAGAGGCUGCUAACGCAGCUGACCCCGCCCGACCGCGAGGCCCUCGCCGACCGCCUCACACAGCUGAUGGCCCAGCCCAAGUUCUGGAAAUACAGCAAGCACAAGACCCCCCAGGUGCGCGGAGCGUUCUACGAGGUGGUUGCGUGCGUGUGUGAGCUGGCGCCGGAGCUGGCGCGUGCGGAGAGUGCGCGUGUGUGUUCGUCGGUGCUGCUCAGUAUCGAUGAUACGGACCCCGUGGUGCUGCCUCCUCUCUGGGCUGCCGUGCUGCACGUGCUCUCUGCCAUCACGGACUGCUGGAGCCAUGUGAACGCCAGGAAAGGGGUGUUGCCCAAGCUGUGGGUGGUGUUGCGGGAGGGGGGCAGGGGCAUGGCGACCGCUCUGCACCCCAACCUCCUGCCCUUCAUCAGCAAGCUGCCCCCCCACAUCACCGACCCCCCCCUCGAGUUCUACUCCCUCUUCUUCACCAGCCUCAUCCAAGGUCUGUCUAGCGAGCGAGCGUUGACCAGCCCCUCUGAGAGUGGUGCUAUCGUCGUGGCAACAGUGGAGUGUGUACGCUACUGCCUCCUACAGCACGCCGGGGAGGAGGAGGAGCUUAAGAAAGUACAGAGCAUGCUCAUAGCGGACCAGCUGCUGCCGCUGUUGGAUAGCGCCCUGGAGAGCUUGUCACUGCAGUCCGGCCCUCUCUUCACCCAAGUGGCCGACAUGCUGCUGUCCUGGGAGAAGAGAACCUCCUCUUCCUCUUCCUCCUCUUCUUCCUCCUCUUCCUCCUCGUCUGUGUCGCCUGCAACCCCGUCCUCAGAGGAGCCGUCUCCAAACGUCCCCAACACCAACACGGACGCCACGUUCCAGCGUGCCUUGUCGGACUUCUGGGACGGCCUGGGUCGCCUGUGCCUCCGCUACGUGGACGUGGAGGAGCCCGAACAGCGCCCUCUGGAGGGCAUCGCCUCCUUACUCCGGCUCAUACAGAACCCUGAGGCGGGCUCGUGGAGGCAGCAGGCUGCGCGCAAGAAGAAGAGCCUGAAGAUCUCCUUCUCCAGCCUGGAGGCCAGCGAGGAGGGGGUGUCUGGGGGGGUCUCGGAGGAGGUGUCUGGGGGGGUCUCCCAGGAGGCAGCGGAGGGGCUCAGGGCUGCACAGGAGACAGCUGCUGCUACCAGGGAGCCUCAGGUGAAAGAGAGUGUUGGUGGUCAAGCGUCCGCCGUCUCCCCCGUGGCGCUGCGGAGGAGUGUCCACCUGGUGGAGCUGGUGUGCCAGCUGGCGGAGGUCAACAUGGUGCACGUGACGGAGAGGCGGUCGGAGCCGCACCUCAGCUUCCUGUCCAUGCUCCUGCACUCCUUCCCCCUCACGCGCGUCUUCCAGGUGCUGCUCCAGCCAGGUGACAUCACAGGUGAGCUGAGGAGAAUAGACCAGUAGCUGGGCCAGAACCCGGCGGUGCGCUUCUUGCUGCUGCGGGUGGUGCCCUGGCUCAGGCAGGAGGGCCGCAAGGAGACCGGCUUCCUGGUGGACAUGGUCUUCAGCGCCCUCCGGUGUUGUGGAGCAGCAGAGCAGAAGACGCGCAUCCUCAACCACGUCACCACGCUGGAAUGGGAAGUCGUCCUACAGGUCAUACAGAAGGCCUCUGUGGAUGCGACAUGCAUUGAGGAGUACCGGGGUUGGCUGAAGGGUUCAGUGUUGGGAGAGUGUUUGGUGGGCUUGGCCACACUGCUGUGUGAGAGGGGGCUACGUGGAUCUUCCUCCUCUUCACCAUCCUCCUCAUCCUCAUCCUCACACACACACAGCUGGUCUCUCAUCAGCCUGGUCCUGUCUCAUCAGCACAACAAUGAGCCUCUGAUUGGCCAGCAGUACGUGGAGCGGAUCAUCGACAAGCUGCACGCGACUCUGUCGGCGGCCAAGGGUCUGUGUGAGGCGGGCGAUGCGGGGCCGCUGGUCUCCUUCAUCUCGGACGUGGCCUCCACCCUCUUCUCCUCCGUCAGGGGGUGCCUGCUGCUCGCCUCCGCCUCCGACCUGCUGCUCACCGUCUUCCAGCUCUGCGCACAGGACCAGACUGUCACCUGUCUCUCAGACUCCCUGCUGUGUAAGCUGCAGCAGGCGUACCAUGCGGGAGUGGGCUCCCUGGUCAAGGUGAUGGACACCAGCGUAGAGAAGGGAACAUUCCUGCACAGCGUGGCCCUCUGGGUGAAGAACCAGCUCAUCAGCGCCCCUCUAGGGGUCAGGAGUCUCCAGACGCUGGUUCGGGCGGUUCAGAGCCUGGUGGAGAUCCUUAGCUCAUCUCAGCACAGCAGCUCCUCCUCCUCCUCCUCUUCCUCCUCCUCCUCCUCCUCCUCCACCUCCUCCUCUUCCUCCACCUCCACCUCCUCCUCUCUGCUGUCUCAGUUCAUCCAAUGCCUCACCCCAUCAGAGGAUGAGUGGAGGAAGACCAGGCAGGCCCUGCCCCCACAGUGGGUGAAGAGCCCCCUGCUGGCGGGUCGCGUGCGUGCGUCGUGUGCGUACGCGUGUCUGGAUGGCAUGAGGCUGCGCUCCGCCACGCGCCUUCCCCCGCACCUCUGCUGCUCCGCCCUCCUGGGACAGGUCAUCGCCACCGCGGCCGCCAGGGGCACCAGGGGAGGGGACACGGGCCAGGGAGAAGGAAAAGGAGAGGGAGGGGACACAUGUGGACUAGACCUGGAGCCACUCAAACACACUGUGUGUGAGGUGCUGUACGCGCUGCAGUGGUGUAGCGAGAUGGAGUUCUCCCCCUCCAUCGUCUCCGAGUACCACAAGAUGCUGCAGGAGUGGAGCCUCGUCACUAGGAUACACAGCAUCAGCACCAACAUGGCCCCGCUGCAGACGCUCUUCACAAGGUGUGUGACUGAAGGUUCCUUGUGGUCGUUGACCCUCAGUAGUUACCUGAAGUCUCGAGAGGUUUCCGCUGCUGAACUGAAAGGUCUCUAUGGCAACGUGGAGAGCUUCUUCCCCCUGACGGAGAAGAGUGUGAACAGUCUGCAGGUGUUGUGUCCGCACCUCCCCAAAGAGGAGAGGGAGGCUAUGACUGCACUGGCCAUCUCAGAGAUGCUGAACUGGCAAGAAGGGAACACCAGUAAGCAUGUGUCGGCUUGCCUCGCCGCGCUGCUCUGCUGCAUCAGGACCGACUCCAGCAUCGAGGACGAGGUCCUGUUGGCUGCCGUGGCAACCAUGAUGGAGUGGCGCAACAGCAAGGAAGACUGGUUCCUCUUUAACAGUGACCUGAGUAAGGCGUCCGCUAAGGAGCUGUGCGUUCCCGUGGAGAUGAUGCGUUUCCUGUCCUGGCUCCUGUGCAAUUCCCCAGCCGUCCUCAAGGAGGCGCAAUGGGACUUCCUACUCUGCUCCACGCUCACAUGGCUCGAGACGGCCAGUGAGAACAGCGCCGUGUUCUGGAACCCGUGGGUGCAGCUGUUUGUGUGCGAGACGUGUGGCCUGAUCUCGCGCCUCAGCCAGUUCUUCACAGCGCCCCCUACUGACGUGGCAGAACAGCUGCCCGCUGAGCUGUGCAGUGAGUGGCAGGAGUUCUUCUCCGAGGGCAUCAACAACCUUCUACUGCCCCUGCUCAUCAGGAUACCAGAUGAGUUUAGGGAGCCUGACGAGCCGCUGUUCCCCCAUGCGGUGGUGUGUGCGCUGGGGGAGGCCCUGACCCACAUCCCCCUGAAACAGCUGCUGGAGAACAAGCUGCCGGCGCGCCUGGUGGCCGACCAGCACAGCAACAGCAACCUGCCGGACGCUACUCAGACGCUGCUGAACACCCUCACACCACUGCUACUGUUUAAAUCCAGACCCCUGCAGCUAGCUGUGUAUCACAUGCUUGACAAGGUGAUGCCCCAGCUGCCGGAGAGUGACAGUGACAGUGCCAACAGCAGAGCUGAGAAGGACGACGGGGAGGCACCCAGCCUCUCUCCCCCGGCGGCGCUGAUGUCCAUCCUGCUGGCCACUGAGGAGCUGCUCGACAGCAUCCUGGGGGGCGUGGCCGUGGGCGAGUUCGCCGUGGUGCAGCCCCUCAGCGUCGAGCACUGUUGCAUCUUGGGAUACCUGCUGGCCUGGAAGCUCCUCCUCACCUUCUUCAAGUCCUCCCCCUCCAAUCUCCGCGUGCAGUACUGCCAGCACCUGAAGGAGAGCCGCUGCCUACAUCAGCUGCUGCUGCACCUGUUCCGCCUCAUGCCCGAGAACCCGGUUCUACCCGGACACGCGCACGGAACCGAGGCCAGCACCAAGGAACCCAAGACCUUCUUCACGGAACCCCUCUCCCUCUCCGUGUCCAAUCCUGGUCCGCUACAUAGUGAGGUGCCCCACCUGGCGUGCUGGGUCUACUAUGGGGCCCUAAAGGACCUGCCGGCGAUGGUGCGUCUGUGGUGGAACAGCCAAGAGAAACGCGUCUCCAGCGCCGUCGACCGCUUCACCAGCCGCUACGUCAGCAGUGUGCUCUCCGCACAGGAAAUCGCCGCCGUGCACGCCAGCACGCAGACCUUCGACAGCAUGACGGUGAAGGCCCGUACCACUACUCGUGAGGUGAUAGCCACGUACUCCGUAGAAGACAUCUUCAUCGAGCUGGUGAUCCAGCUUCCUCAGAACUUCCCUCUGGGUUCCAUCGCCGUGGAGAGCGGCCGUAGGGUGGGCGUGGCCGUACAGCAGUGGAGGAACUGGAUGCUGCAGCUCAGCACCUACCUCACACACCAGAAUGGCAGUAUCAUGGAGGGCCUGGCGCUGUGGAAGAAUAAUGUCGACAAGCGUUUCGAGGGCGUGGAGGACUGCAUGAUCUGCUUCUCCGUGAUCCACGGCUCCAACUACUCGCUGCCCAAGAAGGCCUGCCGCACGUGCAAGAAGAAGUUCCACUCCGCAUGCCUGUAUAAAUGGUUCACGUCAAGCAACAAGUCCACCUGUCCGCUGUGCAGAGAGACCUUCUUCUAGAGCCCUCCUGUCACGCGGGUGAGGAGUCCUGAGGUCACCUGUGCUCCUUUCAGCUGAAUCUGAGAAGCAGAAGAAGAAGAAGAAAGUGGGAAUAGAUCAAGACGACACACACACAGGGCCACAGAAAUAGACUUGAUGUGUCAUCAAACGGCCCUCUGCAAAGGUGGAGGACAUCUUCAUCGACCUGAAGAGAAACUGAAAAGUUAAAGAGAAGAAAGUGAGAAGAGAAGAGAAGAGAAGGCGGCGACAAGACAGAAAUAGACUUGAGGGUGUCAUGAAACUGCUCUCCAAAGGUCUCUCCUCUCGUUCCUCUUCCACUAGGGAGAAGUCGUUCCCAAACUGGGGGCCGGGGCCCAUAGGGGGGGUCGCGGAGAUACAAAAGGGGGAUAACGGACAAAAGGGAUACUGUAUUGCAUUAAAAACACACAGGAUUAAUCCAGGAUCCACAGGAGCUAAUAGUAUUCAUCAAUAGAUGUAUUUGCUGUCCUGUGGUUUUCCAGCAAUAUUGGCAGACAAACUAUUAACGGAACAUCUAGCCAUAUUAAUGUCAAGGCAAUUUUUUGUCCAUUAAUAUUGCUAGAUUUUCCAUGAAUAGUUUGUCCGCUAAUAUUGCUAGAAAUCCAUUGCUCUAAACGGGGGUCCGUGCUGAAAAAGUUUGGGAACUACUGCACUGAGAAGCGAGUGGCAGGGUGAGGUAGUUAUCUGUGGGUCGGCUCCACAGCAGCCAGGCGGAACCGUUUGGAACGCACCCUGUGGACCUUUGAACUCCUCCAUGAACCUUCAAACUCCUCAGAUAUCAUAUAUCAAUAGCCACAGCUUUUCUGCUCAUAUGAAAUUCAGACCAUGGCUGGCGCUCACAUCAAGUGACUUUUGCAAACAGAAUGUUUAAUAUGAUAUGGAAAAAGAAUACUUGUGCUUGAUUUUUUUUUUUUUCAAAGCCACAGGCACAGAAUGGAAAAUUAGGUUGUGUACAGUUGUGUGAAGAAUUCUCGUUUUAAGUUCUAUCAUGAAUCCCAUUUCAAUGUGUGAUUUAUGCCAUUUAUGCUCCAACCCGCUGGAGCACAGUGCCACUCAACCCCUAUGCGGUGUAUGUGCUCAGGCAGGGUUGUAUAAAAGUAGAAGUUCUUUUACAGAUGUAACUACUACAACCCUAGUAGUAUGAUAUCACGUGAACACGUAAUAAUAGUGUUGUAAUUACAUUCGUAUGAGUAAUUUUUCUUCUACUUUAUACAACCUAGCUCUCUCUUCUCUUGCCCCCUUCACUUGCCGAGAAAACGCUGGAAACUCACAUGUCAGGGCCAUGACGUUUUUUCUUUGGGUCUCUGCUUACUAGAGAUGCACCGGAUCCGGCAGGAUAAUAGGGUUUUUCACAGGAUCCGGAUCCGGUUCCAGGAUCCAGGAUCCAGGAUCCGGUAGCCGAGGCUUUUCAGUCAAAAUAGUUUGAGCCAACGUGAUAAAAAGGGCCCACGUGUGCGAGUAGGCUAUGUGUUUCAACCCUUUCGUAGGAUCCGGUAUCCGGUUCUGGAUCCACCAGGAUCUUAAGCAGUGGAUCCAGUGUCCGGAAGGAUCCUAAAAAUCAGGAACCAGUGCAUCUCUCUGCUUACACUUGCGCGAGGGGGACCAAAGAUUUUGGCCGGCGGGCGGCAAUCCCAACAGCUCUGCACAGUGUGGUUUUUGCACUCACUACUAGACAAUGGAAUCACAUUUACAAUUGCCAUAAACCAUUUCUUUUUUCAUCUUGUUUUAAAGAUCAUUUUAAUAUUCUUUGAUUGAAUUCAUGCCUUUUGAUUGUUUUUCUUCAUGACAUUAAAUGACAAAGAUGCUGUA